AUGUACAUUCAUCGACGAGAACGUAAACCGCCGAUGAGCGCAACAAGAAGGAGGAAACUACUACUUUCCUAUGCUCCAGACUGGAUUAUCACGAUUCUAUUAGGUGUUCUAUUCUUUUUGCUGGAUCGAAUUCAUGGGUUUUGGCGUGAUUUCAGUGUGGACGAUACAUCGCUACGACACCCUUACGCCGUUCACGAACGUGUUCCUACGUUUGCGUUGGUUCUCAUUUGUUUUGUAGCACCACUUUUGAUUCAGCCCGUCAUAAACUUGCUGUCAAUUAGAUCGUGGUGGGAUUUGCAUAAUGGUCCGUUGAUUCUCUCACUUGCUAUGGCUGGUGUAGUAACUCAGUUCACCAAAGUUACAGUCGGUAGGCCUCGUCCUGAUGUCAUUGACCGUUGUCAACCCCGCUCCGGCACUAUCGAUCCUACCUUCGGUCUCAGCACAGCGGCGAUAUGCACCCAAACCGACUUGUCGUUGUUGAAAGAUGGUUUCCGCAGCUUUCCGAGUGGUCAUAGCUCGUUAUCUUUCGCCGGUCUUGGUUUCUUGGCUUUUUAUGUGGCAGGAAAGCUUCAUCUGUUCGACCACAAAGGCCACAUUGGGAAAGUGUGGUUAUUCCUUGCUCCUUUUUCAGGUGCUGCUUUAGUUGCAAUCUCGCGGACCAUGGACUAUCGGCGCAAGUACCAUUGGCAGGACGUUUUCAUAGGCUCUAUACUUGGCACAGUCAUGGCGUAUUUCUCCUACCGUCAAUACUACCCCAGCCUAUCUUCUGAAUUGUGCCACCAGCCAUAUUCUCCAAGAAUUGCGCGCGAGCCUGAAGUAUUACCUUUGCAUCACCGUCAUCAACACAGCGAAACGUCCGCGCUUCCGCCGCGGACGAGUGCACCAGAUGGGACUGUUCCAAGACCUGACCCAGGGUCAUUGACAGAGCUUUGGGGGAAUAAUGCUCGGGUCGAAACGUCGGAGUACCAUUCCGAAAGUCAGAGCGAUUGA